AUGCGCAGUGAGGUAAUAGGAAGCAGAACAGAUGAGCUCGGCGGACUGUGUAGGCUAACGAUCGAUGAAAGACAACAGCUGUACUGUGGAUUAAUGGAUAGAAGACAUACUUUCUAAAGUGGAGGACUGGCAGGUUAAAUAUAUAUUAAUAACAUUUGAAUGUACAUGUAACAUAACGUAUUAAAAACUAGGCAACAUGAUGUCUGAGUGCGAUCCGACAGAGACCUGCGAACCCGUAGACGACACGGGAGCCACAACGGUUCCUGCUUCCGAGUGUGACUUUCCCUCCUCGGACCCUUCAGAUGUGUUAACUGACAGGAUCGGGAUGGGGUUUGGGGCUGCGGGGAACCCCGGUGCUGCUGUUCGUAUAUCGGACUCUUGUGAAAGUGUCUUGACUGAGCUGGAGACUGACGGUUCCGGUGAGGAGACGCUGUUGUUACCGUGUUUAUCAGGAAGCUCGUCGUCUCCUCGGGAUGUUCGACUGAAGAGGAGCAGGAGGAAGAGACUCAGCUCGUCGUCGGAUAGGGACACCUUGGCCUCCCCAGUUACCAACAGUGCAGACUUCAACAACUUCCCUGAUGAUCCAGAGUUUACAGAUACUGUCCAAACGGCAGAACAAGCCAUCGAGAAUGGUGUAUUUCCAGAGAGGAUUUCCCAGGGUUCAAGUGGGAGCUACUUUGUCAAAGACUCAAAAAGGAAAAUCAUUGGUGUUUUCAAACCAAAGACAGAGGAACCUUAUGGCCACCUCAACCCCAAAUGGACCAAAUAUUUUCACAAGAUAUGCUGUCCGUGUUGCUUUGGCCGUGGCUGCUUGUUGCCUAACCAGGGGUACCUCUCAGAGGCUGCUGCCUCGCUGGUCGACACCAAGCUCAGCCUUGGAGUGGUACCAAAAACAAAGGUUGUAUAUCUGGCGAGUGAGACAUUUCACUACAGCCCCAUUGAUCGAGCAAAAUCCAGGGGGAAGAAGUAUGCCUUAGAGAUAGUCCCUAAGGUGGGAAGACGCUUCCAUAGAGUGGGCCUGCCACCCAAGCUGGGUUCAUUUCAACUGUUCGUGGAGGGUUACCGUGAAGCAGACUACUGGCUGCGGCGCUUUGAGGCAGAACCUUUGCCAGAAAACAUCAGGAAGCAGCUGCAGUCUCAGUUUGAGCGGCUUGUAGUGUUGGACUAUGUUAUCAGAAACACAGAUAGAGGGAAUGAUAACUGGUUAAUCAAGUACGAGAAGCCGGGGGAAGGAGAACAAGGACAGAAGGAUGUAGAGUGGCCAGAAAUCAGUUCAGACUCUUGCAUCAAGAUUGCAGCGAUUGACAACGGCCUUGCCUUUCCCUUUAAGCACCCGGACGAAUGGAGAGCUUACCCCUUCCACUGGGCCUGGCUUCCCCAGGCUAAGGUGGCUUUCUCCCAGGAGACCAGAGACCUAGUACUGUCCCGCCUUUCUGACAUGAACUUUGUCCAGGACCUCUGUGAGGAUCUUCAUGAAAUGUUCAUGGCAGAUAAAGGCUUUGACAAAACCAUGUUUGAGAGGCAGAUGUCUGUAAUGAGAGGACAGAUUUUGAAUCUGACCCAGGCACUGAAGGAUGGGAAGAGCCCUAUCCAGCUGGUCCAGAUGCCACGGGUGAUAGUUGAGCGAAGUCUCUCAGGCCAGGGCCGGGUGGUCACACUUGGCAAUGCCUUCACACAAACCUUCCACUGCAAGCGCCCAUUUUUCUCCUCUUGGUAGGCGAAUGUUGGAGAGGAGGGGAGAUGAGGACAGACUUCUGCAAAGGCCUUUUCUGUUCUUGAGGUCAGGAAGUGAGGAGGGAAAUAUGAAUUUCACUGGAGAGUGCUUUUGGGAGAAGCCAUGGAUAAAGAAAGUUAAAAAGAAACAAUUCAGUGAAAAUUUGUGUUAUUUUGUAAUCCGAUUGCAGAGAGGCAUUAAAGCGGGAGUGACCGUCAUACCAGUGUCUUCUGGAGACCUUGGGGUUGUUGGUGGGUAGUUUAGUGAAGAUUUGAUGGGAUAAUCAGCUUUUCUACAAAGAUAUUUGCUAUAUCUCUAGAUAUGAGUGUUUGUUUCUCAACCAAAGUACCUACUGAAGUCUUUUUGAAGGUCUCUCAGUGGGGCCUAUAGCCAAAGAAGAAGCACUUACAAACCACAAACUAAUUGAUCAAUGUUCUAGUGGUGUUUGGGAAUCCCAAGGUUUGGUUUCACAGGUCCGCUCUAGAGGUUUUUUUUUAGUUCAUUGUUCUUUGUUUAUUUAUUAUUUGUUUGUUUUGCCUGGGAUUAUGUCGGGAUAAGAAUUAAGAAUAUAUUAUUUGCCUUGUAGGACUACUUCUUAAAGUAUGGAUGUGCACUAUAGAUGUAGGACUCGGACUGGGUAUACAACUUGGUCAAAACUUUCCUUACCAAAGGUUGGUUAUCAAAACCGCAUCUGUUUGCCAAACACAAACCCAGUGUUUUUCAACUUUCACCACUGCCAAAAUUUACUUUAGAAAGAACAUUUAAAGCCUAAAGAAAGAAUAUUUAUGAAUGUUGAACAUACAAUUUGAGCAGAAGGACUAGUAAUACAUUGCUUGAAUGUUAUCUGUGAAGUGUUUCUGUACUGACUCUUGAUCCUAUACAUUUCAAUUCCAGUGAAUGCUGUUAAGAAUAGACCUUUCUCUUAUCAGUGAAUGUAAUGCAAUUAGUUUUCUGAAACAUUUUAUUCUGGCAAGAUGAUCCUAUUUGAGACCUGUAGGAUGGGGGAAGGCACCUUACUCCUCCGUCCUGUAGUUCAUUAUAUGAAGAAGAAAAACAAAGAAUGUUUCUGCUUGAUGGUGGUGUGCUUUCUUAGGUAUGCAUCUUCAAAUUUUUGGUAUAGUUAAAUGAUUUUAUGAAAUAUGUAUACUAAGGAGAUUAAAAUACACUUUGCAUAAUUUGAAUCUUUUUUUGUCAACAUUAUGUUUCAGUUUCACAGAAAAAUGAAUAAAGAAUCAAACGAA